UAGCAGCAUGCUCCUUGGGGGGGGGUAUGACUUAUCCGGAGCUCAUCACCCAUCAACCACCUCCCCACAUUUUUCCACCUGCGAUCUCUCCACCCUCAUGGGGGUUAAUCCAGUCAUGGCUCAGGGAGAGGAAAAGCGGGGGAGUAAAAUCUCUGGGAGCAGCGACGCGAUCCCGAUCAUACCGUCCGCUUCGGCUGCCAGUGGGCUAGCCGUCGUGAAUGAUCUAAAGGAGCAAAUUGAAUGCCAUGGGAUGGGUUUCCCACCCGGGUCAUCUUCCAGUCAGAUGAUCCGGGACCACCACCAGCAGCAGGAGCAGCAGCAUCAGGCCGUACGGAAGCAAGUCAUGCAGCCCAUGAUUACCAGAGGAGCAGUCCGUACGGAAGCAAGCCAAUCUUCUUGGCCCAUCCGGCUAGGAGAAGAGGAUGGUAGCUGCGACCAGAUGAUGUGUGACUGUGAGGAUGGGAGCAAGCUCGGCCUGGGCACGGGCAGUACAGACACAGGGACAGGGACAGGGACAGGGACAGGGACAGAGACGAACACGGCUGGAGGUCAGACUAAACGAGGAAGGGGAAAGACGGUAGGCUCAGUAGCUUUCCCUUUGUCCAACGCUGUGCAAGCCAGCUGCCAGGUGGACGGGUGCAUGGAGGACUUGAUGAGCUGCAAGGACUAUUUCCGACGGCAUAAGGUUUGCCAGGAGCAUGCAAGGGCAUUAACAGUGUUGACGGCAGGAUCGCCACAGCGUUUUUGCCAGCAAUGUGGAAGAUUUCAUACCUUGAAUAGCUUUGACGAGGGCAGAAAAAGUUUUCAGGGGUGUAUCAACUACUGACCUAGGCCAGUUGGUAACUUCCAUUUGCCCCUUAAGAAUCUCUGCCACGGCAUAAAAUACUGAACAAAAAAACACAGUGAAUAAAAAGCAGAGAAGAAGAACUAACAGAUAAAUAUUAAAUUGAGAU